AAAAAUCCCCUACCCUCUUUCUCACUCCAUUCCUUUCUUCAACCCUCGUAUUCUUCGCCACUCUUCAAUCCCCAAUCUUUUAUUCUCUCUCUCUCUCUCUCUCUGUUCUGUUUUACAAAGAGGCUCGUUUUCAAUGAUGAGUUUCACCAUGGAUUCCGUUUCGGUCUUAAACCUUAAACUCGCCACUACUCAUGUCUCCGUUCCGUUCCACAAGCUUCCCCAUUGCUUAAGCUUCGACCCUUUGCUCAGAACUCGCGCUUGCAGAGUCUCACUCGCUGUUCCUCAACACGUUGGAGCUGGAUUUCUUACCCUGAAUGGACGGACCGUUCGGGGCCCUUUAACUGUUGUUUUCGCAGCUCCUCAUGAGGAAUCGGAGCAUCGCAAGAUUGAAGUGGAGGAGGAAGAUGGUGAGUUACCCAAGGUUGGUUCUGAGGAAUCACAGGAAGCAUGGAAGCAGGCUGUGGAUACCUUCAAAGAACAAGCCUUGAAAUUUCAAGGAAUUUCACAAGAGGCAUAUGAACUGUAUUCUAAGAAGGCGAUUGUCGUUCUGAAAGAUACUGCAGAACAGCUGAAGAUACAGGCUGAUAAGGCAAGGCAUGACUUGAGUGUGGCAGCGAAGGAAAUCACUGAGGAAGGCAAAGAGUAUAUCUCCACUGCCACUGAGAAUUCGCCCGAGGUGAAGGAGAUUGUGGAAACAUUUACCUCCCCAAGUGAUGAUCUCAGCAGAAUAUCUGGAGUUAGAGAUUUCUACCUUGGUGUACCUUAUGGUUUAUUACUGUCUCUUGGUGGCUUCCUUAACUUUAUGUUCACCGGAAGCCUUGCAGCCAUAAGGUUUGGGGUGAUUCUAGGUGGUGUGCUCUUGGCUUUUAGCAUUUCAAGUCUUAGAGCAUAUAAAAGAGGACAGCUUUCUCCUCUAGCUUUGAAAGGCCAAGCAGCAAUCGCAGUUAUAUUGUUUCUCAGAGAGAUACGCACAAUAGGCAGAGGAUCAACGUUUUUCACUGCCUUGAUCAGUGGUGUGGCAGCAGCAUUUUUCGUCUAUAGGUGGAUUCUGGAUGGUAAGCAACAAAAGGACUCCAACUUGGGAAGUGAAGCAGAAAGCUAGAUCCGUGAUAAGUGAUUUACAGCUACAGGCUGGAUGAUCAGAUUCACUGCUGCUAAUUGCUAUGGGUUCAUGCAUGGAAAUUGAGCUUGGAGAAAUCUAGAUGUAGUUUCAGGUUUACUUGCUUUUGUAACUGUGGUGAUGUUUCAGGGAAAUCAAAUUUAGUAAUAUUUCACGUUGUCGUAUACAACCUCUCCUCUGUGAGGUGGAAUAUCAUGAAGCUACUGUUAUUUUUUGGUAUUUAAUCCCUUGUAAGUUGUAACCUUGCAUAUAUGGUAGCAUGGGGAGAGCAACCUUGGUCUGCUAGGUUACAGUUUUUUCUACAAUACAAGUCUGAGGGAAUAUACCUUUCAUCUCACUGUUUAAAAAAUUAUGUUGUUUAGAGCUUUGUCUUCCAAACAGAUAAUAAUUAUAAUGAUCAUGAUUGAUUUCUUUUAACAAAA